AUAAGUCAUAACUAAUUAACAACCAUCAUCAUUGAACAAAGUCAAACAAUUCUGUCUCUCUUUCUCUGCUAAAACAUGGCACCACCAACAAACAUAUCAUCAAUCUUUCAAUACCUUCGAUUAACAAAAAAUCAUUCGAUCAUCUUAACAUCCUUUGUUCUCCUCUUUUCUCUCCUCACUUUACUAAAUUUGCCAUUAACAUCCAACUUUUUUAAGUCAACCCCAACAUCAACUUCCAACACCAACUCAUCUGCUUAUUUCUUCUCAAACACUUCCACCACCAUUGCACCUCAAAGUAUCAUCACUUCUUUUUCGAACAACUCGGCCGCGAAACAGUCCAUCUUGAUAGCUAGUCCUCCUACAAGAAGCUUAAGCAAGAAUAACUCAAGUUUGGUUAUUACUAGUCCAUUGCCUAGAAUAUUGCCGAAGAAAAAUGGCUCAACUUUGGUUAGGAAGAUGAAUAACUCAUGUGAUAUUUUUGAUGGGAAAUGGGUAUUCGAUGAUUUCGAUCCAUUUUAUACAUCCGGGUCUUGCCCGUAUGUAGAUAGCACCUUCAAUUGCUUCAACAAUGGCCGCUCUGAUCUUGGUUACUUGAGAUAUAGAUGGCAGCCUUAUGGGUGUGAUAUUCCAAGGUUUGAUGGGGAGAUUAUGAUGAAGAUGUUAAGAGGGAAAAGAUUGGUAUUUGUGGGAGAUUCACUUAACAGGAAUAUGUGGCAGUCUUUAAUUUGUCUUUUGAAGAUGUUUAAAACUUCAGUGAUGAAACAUGAAAGUGCUCAUUCAUUUCAUUUCAAGGAUUUCAAUUGCAGUAUAAUAUACAUAGGAGCACCAUUCCUAGUCCAACGUUGGCAGCUGCCAGCAUUAGAAGGCGCAAAGACACCAAGAGAAACUUUGAGGCUUGACACAAUCGAAGAUCACAUCUCCAAAUACCAUGAUGCUGAUUUUCUCAUUUUUAACACUGGACAUUGGUGGAAUCACAAUAAAGCAAAGAAUGGGGAGAACUUCUUCCAAGAGGGUGAUGUUGUGCAUAGAAAAAUGGAUGUAGGAGAAGCCUACACAAAAGCAUUAAACACUUGGGCAAAAUGGGUUGAUAAAUAUGUCAACACCAACAUAACCCAAGUCUUCUUUCUAGGUUUCUCUGCUAUUCAUUUCAGAGGAGGGCAAUGGAAUUCAGGUGGAAGUUGUCAUGGGGAAACAGAACCAAUAACGGAUGAAAAAUACCUAAAGCCAUACCCAUGGAUGAUGAGAAGUCUUGAAUCAAUUAUCUCAAAGAUGAAGACACCAGUAAUGUACCUUAAUAUUACCAAAAUGACGGAUUAUAGAAAAGAUGCACACCCAUCUAUAUAUCGAAAGUUCAAGAAGAAGAAACACAAGGAGCGAACUCAAGAUUGUAGUCAUUGGUGUCUUCCUGGAAUUCCAGACUCUUGGAACCAACUUAUGUAUACUUCGCUUCUCUCUUCUUGAAAGCUUAAUAGAACUUGCUAAUUUUUCAGGUAAAGUAGUUAUUUUUUCAUUCUUAGGACAAUAAAGAUUUAUAUUGGUGAUAAAAUUAAAGCUUAGUAAAUUUUUUACUUAUUUUGGGUAUCUUGGAUAGGAGAAUAUUUAUAGUACACCUGGGUGUGUAUCAUGCUCAUGGUACACCCAAGACUAUUUUCUCCAAAUGAGCAAAAUGAGUGAAUGAGCAAAUGAGCAAAAUGAGUGAAUGAGCAAAUGAGCAAAAUGAACAAAUGAGCAAAUGAGCAAACAUUUCUAUUCAUUUAAGAAAAUGAGCAAACACUUUUAUUACAAAAUGAGCAAAAUGAGCAAAUGAGUAAAUGAGCGAAAUGUCCAUAUAAGCAAAUUUGGUGUCAAAUGAGCACCUGAAGUUCUA